ACAUGGAGAGAGAGAGAGGGAGGAGAGGGAGGGAGAGAUGGAGCGAGAGCACAUAUCAUUCUUCUGAAGUGCCCUGCAUUGGAGAAGUGAGGCAGCACAGACGUGGGACUUGCCGCAGACACAAAGGGACACAAGCGACUGACAGCUCUCGCAGAGCCUCUGCAGAGAUGGACUGGGACAAUCCGCUGAACCAAUCCAGUGUGAACUCUUCUUCACCUGUGUCCACUUCCUCCUCCUUCUCCUCCUUCUCCUCCUCCUCCUCCUGCUGCAACGCCACAAGCCCUCUCUUUUCAAAGUCCCUGUCCUCGGCGCCUUCCUUCUCCGGCCUGGACCUCCUGCACGAGCUGAAGCUCCUCUUCAUCCCUCUCUACUCCGCCGUGGUCCUCGUGGCCUUCUCCGGCAACCUCCUCCUGCUCUUCCUCAUGUGGCGCGACAAGAAGAGACACACCACCACCAACUUCCUCAUCAGCAACCUGGCGCUCGUCGACCUGGUCAUGUGCGUCUUCUGCGUCCCCCUGACGGCGUCCUACGCCUUUGACAAGCGCGGGUGGAUAUUUGGACCGCACAUGUGCCACUUUGUCAGCGUCAUGCAGUCGGCGGCCGUCUACGCCGCAGUCCUGUCCCUCAUGGCCAUUGCGGUCGACCGCUACGUGGUCGUGGCUUAUCCCAUCCGCAAAAGGGCGGGUUGCCUGUUCUGCUGGGGUCUGGUCGCCCUAAUCUGGCUGUCCUCUCUAGCUUUAUCCACUCCCACGGCGCUGCACGUCGUCCACCUGGACCUGCGGGCCGCGGGCCUGCAGAUGGCCGUGUGCGAGGAGUUCUGGGACGGCCAGGAGCGAGGUCGCCUCGUCUACUCCUGCUUCAUUCUCUUCUUCUCCUACUGUGUGCCACUGGCAGCCGUCUCCAUCUCCUACUGCGCCAUAUCCUACCAGCUGAAGCAGAGGACCAGGUUUGGACUGACAGCGUGUCCGGAGCUGAGAUCUGCACGGGCUGCCUGGAGCAAACGGAGGAAGAGGACCUUCUACCUGCUGCUGGUGUCCGUCCUCUGUUUCGCCUUUUCAUGGCUCCCAUUGCAGGUGGUGAACCUGAUCCGCGACCUGGACACGGACUUCUCCAUUUUGGGCAAGAACUACAUCAACGUGAUCCAGGUGUCCAGUCACCUGUUCGCCAUGAGCUCCACCUGCUACAACCCUUUCAUUUACGCCUCGCUGCACAACAAGGUCUUGUCCUACCUGUGUCACGGCUUCCUGUCCCGCUGGAGAGGACAGGGGAAGGACCAGGGUCGAGGGUCCAGCAUUGUGAAAAUGUCCAAGGUGACACGUCUGCACACGUCCACCGCCACGGCGGAUUUACCCGGUGCUGCGAGUAACACUGUUCCUGAAGAGGACUAUGCUUAAAAUGUGUUUUCAGAGGAAGAUACGGGUCAUUUUACAGCUAUUGUGAGCUUAAACGUGUAUUCUGAGCAGUUGUGUUGCUCCGGUGUGAGCAUUUACAACAACAACACUUCUUCAAAUGAUUGAAUAUGUCCAUAUGUUUGUAUUUUUGGGCUGUUUAUGACCUUUAAGCCAGAGUUAAA